AUGAAUGCACGCCAAGCUGUUGCAGCUGAAUUCCAUAAAUGUAGUAAACAAACAGAAUGCUCACAUUCUACACAACAAAUUCCACCGGUUGGACAUAAAGAAGUACCGAAUUCCACAGGUCAACAUGAAAAUACCACGAAGUUCGACGAUCAUUCCAUGACCCAUAACGUUGGCACCUUCUUAUAUAUAAGUCCUGAAGUUCUACUUUUGGAUUCUCAAAAAAAUCGUGUUUAUGAUGAGCGGGUUGAUAUCUACAGUUUGGGUAUUAUUCUUUUCGAAAUGUUUUAUCGUGCUAUGCCAACUGCAAUGGAACGUGUUUUGAUUCUUACUGAAUUAAGAAAAGAAAAGAUUAUCUUUCCAAAAGAUUGGUCUCAAGAUGAACUUGUCAAUCAGACUUGGUUAAUUCGUACUAUGCUACAACAUGAUCCAUCUAAAAGGCCAAGUGCCUCGGACCUACUAACUUCUUCACGUGUCCCACCAUUUAAGUCUACUGAAGCAGCAUUUAAAAAGCAACUUAUUGAGAUUUGUAAAACUCCUGACAGCAAUUUAUACCGUUUUGUUACGCAUACUCUUUUUUCUCAAGCUUGUUCAGGCGCAUCAGAUUUACUAUACGAUUGUAAUACAUGGAUAACUUCCGUUCAACAAGAUAUCAGUCAAAUUGAUGGGAGUUUUUUAUCACAAUUAUUAACUAAAGAUUGCUUUAUGCAAGACGAUCCAAAUCGUGUAUUAUUUAAUUUUCUUAAAACACGCAGAUUUAUUACACAUAUUGUGGAGACUUCAUUCAUUGCACACAGUGGUGUACUGUUGGAAUCCCCUACACUUGUCCCAGUUAUUCAUAGACCUUAUCAAACAUCAUGGUUUGGCCAAUCAAAACAGGAUAACAAUGAUUUGUUUGAUGUGAAUGAUAAUCAAAAUGCUGAGUUUUGGGAUCGUUUAUCAGCUGCUCCUGUUUUACUAGAUGAAAAUGGUUUGCCCGUUCGUUUGCCUGAUUCAUUACAUAUACCAUUUGCACGUUAUCUGGCUCGAUCAGGAUCAGUUUUACUUGAAAACAGAAAUGAAUCAGAUCCACUGAAGCGAUAUGAAUUUGCACGAACUUACCACAGUUCUUCAGUUUCAAAUUCAAGUGGACCGCAUAUGUUAUUUGGUUGUCCAGUAGAAGUUAAUCGAGCAACGUUUGAUAUUGUUUCUCUAGAAAACAGCACUUACUGGGCCACGGAAUUGUUUGUCAUCUUGCGUGAAGUAACGAAUAAACUGUUUCAGUCCAAAGAAAUAUCAUUUUUCCUGUAUGUGAAUCAUACCAACCUGAUCAAAGCACUAUUCAAACUAGCUGGAAUUCAAUCUGGAUCACGUGCAACUGUUUGGCGUCAUUUAUCUGAAGCAAAUGCUGAUCCAAAACCUGUUAACCCAUCUACAUACUCAUCCUUCUUUUCAUCAGUCAAUUGUUCUACCACAUAUUGUGCAACAGCAUCUUACUCUUCAUCUUCUAAUUCUUCACUAUCCGGAUCAUCACGGUUGAAUGAACCAACGCGUUCGCUUAUUUUACCUGAAUAUUUAACAAGUAAACCUCGUGGACAUGCACAAAAGCGUUUUAUGAAAAUAAUUCGUCUAGAAUCUUCACAUAUUCACUAUAUACGUGAAGCAUUUAUUCAACAUUCCGCUCAGCAAUGUCAUUCAGUUAGUAAAUUAGUAGAUGGUGCUGUGAAAUUAUUGGAAGAGUUGACAGAUAUUUACACUAAAUUUGAUUGGUCAGAAAGGUUUCAUCUUCGAUUCACCCCUGGAUUAGUUCUUCCACAUCAUAUGUACAAUGGUUUAAUUUUUCAGUUGGUUGCAUUGGGUGAUUUAUCCCCUAAAUCAGCCAUGCCAAGUUCCUCUACCUCCAUCGGUUAUCCACGACAUCUUGAAGAUUCGUCAAUAAAAGUGAAUUCCAAAACCAAUAUCAAUAUAGCUUCAUCACGAAUAAAUGACACAUCUCCGAUAUUGUAUGUUUUAGGUCAAGGAGGCGAAUAUAACCAUUUAAUUGCUAAACACUGUGUACCGAAGGAAUUCUGUACCAUUCGACUACCAAGAAAAAUAUCCCGAUGUAAUUCUGCGUCUAAUAAUCUGGGUAUGACUGCAUUGACCAUAGAUAAGUGCCCUUAUGCUAUUGGUUUAAGUUUUGAUAUGGAUAGAUUAGUACAUUGUUACAUGACUUCGUUCUGCAAAAACACUAUACAGAUUUCGUAUAAUUUGCAUGAUUGUAUUAUAUUCAAUCCUAAAUGGCGCAUAUUACUUGGAUGGGAAUCACGUACUGUUGAAACUCUUCAUGAUUUAUAUACUUGCCCAUUUCGUAACCCUACGACUCACACUCGUCGAUCCGGUCUAGGAUCUAGUCAACGUUCAUCGAGUGAAUGUAGUACUAACACUUCGACUAAUGCUAUGAAUACGAUGUCACCUCCAAAUAAUUGUGCAUCUGAUUUUUCAAACUCUGCUAACAAUAUAACAUUGCCUUACACUAGUGCCUCGGGUUCUCCGAACCCAACUUCAUCAUCUGAAUCAUUUGUACUGACCCAGAAUGUUUUAAAAUUAGCAUUUCAUUUAGCUCAAAUAUUUUGGAAUUUAAGUUGGACAUGUGAUUUGUUAACAAAAUCAGAUUCGGACCUAGUACGUGAAGCUGAAGAUCGAGAAGUAGAAUUUGCUGUUCGGGUUAUUUUAGUCAAAUUAUCCACAUCCGCUGCAACCAAUUUACCACUUGGAUCAAAGCAUUUAUCCCUUGUAACUUAUCAAAUAUGGUCUAGACAUAAUGCCACUCCGUUAAGUGGACAACAUGUAAUGGUUUUCGAAUUACGACGAUCUGAUCCAGACUCUGUAUUGAAUUAUUUCUAUUCACGCUUCCCAACAAAUGUACGUCGACCUUCAGUUGAUCCUGAUAAAAACUUUUUGUAUAUAUCUUCAAAGAAUUCAACAGAAUUGAUUCAUUAUUCAAAGGAUUUUUUGUCACAUCCUAACCCUGAAAAGACAAUCAUUUAUUGUCCUAGAUUAACAGAAUCCAAUAUACGCAUACCUGAUCAGACAGAUGCAAAAGAAAUAUCUACAAAUAUGUUAAAUAAUUUACGCCGUAGUUCUAACAGAUAUAAACAACAUUCAAAGCAUUCUAAACGUACAUAA